CCCUACAUUUCACAUGGAAACGAGCUCAAGAUCUGCUGCUAUAUCAAUCGAGCCUUUUCCACGAGAAGUAUACACCAUGUCGAUCAGUACAGCCUCUUAUCCUCGCACCAACAAGCAUACACCAUGAAGACUAGUAUAUCAGUUUCCCUGGCUCUCAGCCUUGGCUCGUGGCUCGGACUCGUCAAUGCAUACUGGCGAAUGACCUGUAGUGUCGCUCAAACAGGCAGAGUCGAUCCCAUCCUCAGUCCGGGUUCCGUAUCGGGCCACGUCCACUUGCUAUCAGGCGCUACCAAUGUCAACACCACCUCCGACUACGACACUCUGUCCGUAGCGUCUUGUACCACGUGCUCGGUGCAAAAAGAUUUGAGUGCAUACUGGACACCACUAAUGUACUACCAAUUUGCCAAUGGUUCCCUCACCCCUGUACCCAAUGAUGGAACAGUGGUGUACUAUCUGGGCAGAGGUGUCGACGUUGCAAACGCCAUUCCGUUUCCAAAGGGUCUGAAGAUGGUAUCUGGAGACUCGACAGUCCGUUCUUACGACAACACAACCAUGACUUAUGGUAACAGUACUUAUCCGUCGAGACCCGUUGCAGAUCGUGUCAGUUUUGUGUGUAUCGACUACACCAACGAAACCCCUCAGACCACAUUUCUGAACAACACGGACUGUCCAGAUGGUCUCCGGGCACAAAUCCAGUUUCAAAGCUGCUGGGACGGUGUCAACCUUUACAAGUCUGAUCAGUCACACGUGGCGUACCUGUCUCAGAUUGACAAUGGAGCCUGCCCACCAACACACCCUUACCUCAUGCCACACUUAUUCUUCGAAAUCUACUACUUCCCGAACUCAAUGGAUACAUCCGAUGGGGGGCAGUUUGUCUUCUCCAAUGGUGACACUACCGGCUACGGCUUCCAUGGCGACUUCAUGGACGGCUGGGACAAUGACGUCUUGACUGAAGCUGUUGCGCAAUGCUUAGUAAAUGAUACCGAUGGUGUCAUUUCAGAGUGCGCACCAUUGGAAGCCUCUCAGGAUGAUUACUAUGCAAACAACUGCCCAGAACGACCUGCUCUGGUCGAUGAGCAAGUCAAAGGGAUUCUUUCGAAACUCCCAGGGUGCAACAAUGUCACUUCUGGACCCGAGGCGGCACCUCAAGGCAUUUGUUCUACGGAGCCGAGCCUGAUCACCCCUGAAGACACGGAUGGGGAGACACGAGUUAAGCCUACAAUCAAUUCUACAACUGUUACCAUGUCAUCUGGAAGCACUGCGACAUAUUACGGGUGCUACAUUGACGAGACCUCAGGCAGAGCUCUUUCCGGAGCUAGUACGACAAACUCCACUGGCAUGACCACGGCCCUAUGUGGGGCGUAUUGCCAAAAUAAGGGCUACUCCGUGUUUGGAACAGAAUACUCGGACGAAUGCUACUGCGGGAGCUCGAUCUCGGCCUCUUAUGCGACAAAUGAAACCGGCUGUGCAAUGGCCUGCAUAGGUAACCUGACCGAAUACUGUGGUGGAUCAGCUCGCCUAAGCGUUUGGUUGAUCAGCGGCAACGAAACCGAUUCGUCUACCUCCUCAGGUCCUACGGUCGCUAAUUCGACCUACAUCAGCUGCUACUCCGACGGUACAUCUGGCCGAACACUCACGACAAGAACCACGGAUUCAAGCAUGACGCUUGCAGAAUGUGCUUCAAUCGCACAAACGAGUAAUUACAAGUACUUUGGUCUCGAGUAUUCGGAUGAAUGCUGGGUUGGAAAUACGCUAGCAUCUACCGGUACUACCCUCGCUGAAGGAAAAUGCGACAUGACUUGCGCGGGCAACACCAGCGAAAUCUGCGGCGGAUCCAACGCCUUGAGCUUGUUCCAGAACAAGCUGUACGAACAACCAGGAAAUCCAUCUACUGUGAACAUCACUGGUAAAAGCGCACAAUUCGGAUACCUGGGAUGCUACACUGAGGGCACUUCAGGUCGUGCGCUUGGCGGCUCAAGCAGCUAUUCCACGACCAGCAGCAGCAUGACCGUGGAGCUCUGUGUUGCUGCAUGCUACGCUAGGGGUUAUGACUACGCUGGUGUGGAAUACUCAGAUGAGUGCUACUGCAACAACAUCGGCAUCACCAACGGCGCGACAACAGCCAGUUCUGGCUGCUCCAUGAUUUGUGACGGAAAUGUAGCAGAGUACUGUGGUGGUUCGAACAGGGUCAAUGUGUAUGAGUUGAAGAAUUCUACGAGUGCGUCAAGGUUGGCGCGACGAGAGCAGCAGCACAGCAGGCGCUUUAUGCCUUCCCACUGGUUUGGGCUUAGUUAGGGGAGAAGAAAAUGGUAUGAGCUUAUGGUAUCAGCUUGCGAUGUGCCGCGGCUGGGAUAUUUUGGACGGCUUGAUAUGAAUGGGCGCAGGCGACGAUUCAUGAUAUUAUGAUUCUAGAUUUGAGGAAUAUUUGGCCAU